GAUUUAAAUGGAGGAGUGGACUGGAUGGGCCGCAUGGUCUUACUCCCACUCCUCUGUCUUAUGGUCUAACGCUCUUUCCUCCGUUCGAUCUUUGGCCUCCAGCAUUGAUAAUGAAACAAAAUGCACCUCAUUUUUUGACAGCACGUUGUGUAAUCUUUUGGUCUCAACAUUUUAAGUUGUAAUAUCUGCCAUUAUUUUGUUCAUUUUCCUGGAUGGUUUGGUUUAUCUCUCUAUUUUCUUUACGUUGCAUUUGGAUCCCAGCUUUCAUGAUCGCUCACACCUUUAGUUCAGGUUGCAGACUUGUUACCAAGCCAGUCUGUUUAAUUGCACGCAUUUCAUCACCCUGCUAGGUAACACUGCCAGUAUGCCUCCAGUGAAGUGUUGGUGUUUUGUCCCACUUGUUACGUAUAUACCUCAGUUCUUGGAUAUUACUUCCGGUUCUGUUUUUCAGUGGUUCAUAUAUCGGGUCCAGUUCAGUGUGUUUGUUGACAAUGUUUCGGUUGGAAUGCCAGACCUCCAGGAAUUCAGAGACAUGCCGAGGAAUUCUAUUGUUAAGCCUUUUUGUUUUGUGACAAGUAAUGUUCUGUGAUUUAAUCUUUCUUGUCCUACAUCCUAUCCCUUGGGCAAAUCUACUGCAUUUCCUCAUCCUGAUGCAAGGUCCCAAACCUGAAAUGUUACUUUGCUUUCUUUCUUUCUAAGCAAAUACUUGUGUGCCUCACUGACCUACCUUUGAUCCAUGUACACAGCCUGCAGUUGAGAGCCACAGCCUGUUUCGGCUCUGCACAGCCGACUGAAUUGAGUGUCCUUUACUGUCUGUACUUCUGUGUUUUCAGUAUUUGUAUUCAAAUUCUAUAAUCUAUUAACAAGUGGAGAAGGAAAUGGAAGCUAGCUAGCUAUAUUACAGAGGAGAUGGUGCUGGACAUCUUAAAAUGCAUAAAGGUGCAUAAAUCCCCUGGACAGGAUCAGGUGUACCCUCGAACUUCGUGGGAAGCCAGGGAGGUGAUUGCUGGGCCCUUUGCUAAGAUAUUUAUAUCAUUGAUCACCACGAGUGAGGUGCUGGAAGACUGGAUGUUGGCUGACCUGGUGCCAUUAUUUAAAGAAUAGUGGUAAAGAAUUAUAAACUAGUGAGCCUGACAUCAGUUGUGGGCAAGUUGUUGGAUGGGAUUCUGAGAGACAGGAUUUACAUGUAUUUGGAAAGGCACAGACUGAUUAGGGAUAAUCAAUAUAGCUUUGUGCACAGAAAAUCGAGUCUGACUAACUUGAUUGAUUUUUUUGAAGUGACGAAGAGCAUUGAUUAAGGGUAGUGUUGGAGAGUUGCUUUUCAGACUGCAGGCCUGUGACCAGCGAUGUGCCACAAGGAUCAGUACCUGGUCCACUGCUUUUUGAUAUUUAUAUAAAUUAUUUGGAUGUAAAUAUGUGGUUAGUAAGUCUAUAGGUGACACCACAAUUGUUGGCAUAGCGGACAGUGCAGGUUACCUCACAGUACGACCUUGAUCAAAUGGGCCGAUGCACCGAGGAGUGGCAGUUGGAGUUUAAUUUAGAUAAAUGUGAGGUGCUGUAGUUUGGAAAGGCAAGUUAGGGCGGUCCUGGGGAGUGUUGCUGAACAAAGAGACCUUGGAAGGCAGGUUCAUAGUUCUUUGGAAGUGGAAUCACAGGUAGUUGGGGGAGCGAACAAGAUGUUUGGUAUGCUAGCCUUUAUUGAUCAGUGCAUGGAGUAUAGGAGCUGGGAGGUCAUGUUGCGGUUGUACAGUACAUUGGUUAGGCCACCUUUGGAAUACUGCAUUCAAUUCUGGUCUCCCUGCUAUAGGGAGGAUGUUGUGAAAUUUGAAGGAGUUCAGAAAACAAUUGCAAGAAUAUUGCCAGGGUUGGAGGGUUUGAGCUAUGGGGAGAGGCUGAAUAGGCUGAGACUGUUUUCUCUGGAGGGUCAGAGGCUGAGGGGUGACUCUUAUGGAAGUUUAUAAAAUCAUCAGGGACAUUGAUAGGAUGAAUAGUCAAGGUGUUUCCCCCAGAAUAGGGGAAUGCAAAGCUAGAGGGCAUAGGUGUAAGGUGAGAAGGGAAAGUUUAAAAGGGAUCUAAGGAGCACCUUUUCAAAUAGAGGGUGAUGUGUGUGGAAUGAACUGCCAGCAGAAAUGGUGGAAGCCUGGAAAAUUACAGUAUUUAAAAGGCAUUUGGAUUGGUAGAUGAAUAGGAUGGCUUUAGAUGGAUUUGGGCCAAUUGCUGGCAGAUAGGACUAGAUUAAUUUAGGAUUUCUGAUUGGCAUGGACGAGUUGAGCCAAAGAGUAUGUUUACAUACUGUAUGUCUCCUUGACUCUAUGUUCAUUUUCGGGAAAAAUAAUUUCUUUGGGUUUUGCAUCUUCUCAAUUAAAUAAAAGCUUGGGAGACACUGUUCCUUGAUGAAUUCCUGUGGCAUGUCUCAACCAAUCAGAGUUGACUUGCAAUUUUUAAUAGUUUAAACAAAAUCUUUUGGAGCAACUGUUCCUUGAUGCAUUCUGUAUGGCAAUGCCUUGACCAAUCAAAGUCUGAAUGUAAGUCAGUCUUCACCCUGUUUCUCAUGCAGUAGAAAUUGUUCCCUUUGAAAUCUUGUCAUCCUACAAGAUGAAAAGCUUCAACACCAUUUUCUCUCUGACAACAAUAUGAACAUAAACAACCAUGAAAUAAUACAAAUAAUUUUUGGUGAUACUUUUGAAUUGUUACAUUCAAUAGCAAUCCAGAUUUUCACAAGUAAAUACAAAAUUGGUCCAUUUUAGUUCAUCCAUGUAUAAACAAAUUAUAGUCACCCUGCCAUCACUGACUUGGUAUUUUCGCAAGUUGUUCUGUGUUUUCAUUUCAGCUGUGUUCAUUCCAUGUACUGUAGUGAUUGCUGUUAGUACCAAAGAGAACUUGCUGAUAUUCGUUAGUUCUUCUACCUCCUUUAACUUUACUGUCCCCUGUCCUUGUGUAAUUUGAAUGCAAUAAUUUUACGUAUAUAUCUUUUAAUUACCGUUAGCAUCUUACACGCUUUACCCUUGAAAAUUAAUUCUGUUGAAGUGUCUCUGUUUUUCAUGCGUAUCCCCGUAUUGCAGAUUUGUAACUUUAGGAUUGUGACUCCAUCCUGGACUAUCUCCUGAACACUAGUGAACAGAAUAAGACAGUAUCCUGUGAGAGUUGAUGAGUGUACUAAACAUAAAGCCUACUUCUCUGCAGCUGCAAUUUAGGCCAUAUAUUUCACAAUUUGUUUUUUUUCUUUUGGACUAGCUGAAUGUACUGAUGUAAGGUACUGUACGCAUUUUCAAACAAAUUGCAAGUUGGGUUUAGUCAUUGUAUGAUUCAAGUCUCGCUCUAGUGGUGGCCUUUGACAUGCGAGUGUUCAUGCCCUGUUCCAAAGACUUGAGUGGACGCUACAAUUGCUACAUUAUUGGCAGCGCCAUCUUUCAGUGCACUGUGUUUUCUCAAAUUGCUGAAAGAUUCCGUGCACCAUUAGCCGUAAAGACUCCAUUGCGUUGUUUCAAAGAUUAGAGAAAGUAAUCCAGUGCCCUGACUCUUACAUCAGUGAUAGGAAAGCUGUUGGAGAAAAUAGUGAAGGAGAAAACUAAUCGCCAUUUAGAGAGGCAAGGCUUGAUCAGGGAGAGUAAGCAUAGUUUUGCCUAACAAAUCAGGUAGAAUAUUUUGAAAAGCUGACCAAAGGUGUAGAUGAGGGUAGGACAGUUAACGUAGCCUACAUGAAUUUCAGCAAGUUCUUUGACAAGAUCCCUCAUGGGAAACUGAUUAAAGAAUGCAAAAGUUCAAGGGAUCCAGGGUAACUUGGCAAGGAGGAUCCAAAAUUGGCAUAGUGAAUGGAGACAGAGGAUGGUGGUGGAAGGCUGUUUGUGUGACUGGAGCCUGGUGUGCAGUUGCAUACCACAGGCAUCAGUGCUGGGUUCGUUAAUGAUGUAGAUGAGAAUGUUGGGGUGAUGAUGUUUUCUUUGGGGGUGGAAAUGGUGAUGGUGAGUGUUAGGGGAGGAGAUGAUAACGUUGCAAAACACCAAGAUUGACCAAGUGGUUGACAAUGAAGAGUCUUCGUUUAUAGAAGGAUUAAAAUGGAUUGGUCACAUGGUCAGGUCAGUAGCAAAUGGAAUUUAACCCUAUUAAUUGUGAAGUGAUGCACUUUGGAAGAAGUAACAAGACAAAAGAGGAGUCAUUGAUUGAAUGGCAGGACACUAGAAAGUUCAGGAAUAGGGGAUCUUAGGGUGCAUGUCCUUAGAAUCCUGAAGGUGGCAGGAAAGGUAAAUGAUGUAGUUAAGAAGGCAUGUGGGAUGCUUGUCUUUUUCAGACUAGGUUCAGAUUAUAGGAGCAGGGAAGUUAUGUUGAGCUGUACGGAACUUUGGUUAGGCCACAGCUAGGAUGCUGUGUGCUGUCUGGUCAACACAGUAUAGUAAAAAUGUGAUUUCUGUGGCAGGGGUGCAGAGACAAUUCACAAGGAUGUUGCAUUUCAGCUGUGGAGCGAAGUUGGAUAAGCUCAGGCUCUUUUCUUUGGAGUAGAGAAGAUUGGAGGUUUGGGGGGGCGUGGGUACCUGACAGAGCUGUAUAGGGUUGAGAGGCAAAGAUAAGAAGAAAGCAGCUGUUCUCCUUAAUUGAAAGGAUCAAGAAUGGGGGAAGGGGAUAACACUUUUAAAGUAAAAGGCAACGGGUUUAGAGGGGAUUUAUGGUAAAGCCUUUUCAUCUAGGGGUGAUGGGAUAUGGGAUGCACUGCCUAGGAUGUUAGUCGAGGUGGAUAAUCUCUCAACCUUUAAAGAAGUACUUUCAUGAACACUUAAACUGUCACAACUUUCCAGGCUAUAGGCCUAGAGUGGGGAAAUUGGGACAAGUGUAGUUAGUAGACCCAAUAGGCUGAAGGGCCCCUUCUGUACAAUAUGAUUCUACAACCAAUAUUAUCCCUCAGGUACCAUAAUUGGAACAGAUUGUUAUGUCAUUAACUCUUAACUCUUUUUGAAAUGGCAGAAUUUGACUGUGUUUUAGUUAUUAUUAGAAAAGAGCAAUAUGAUUUAGUCUUUCUUCAGGAUCAAUGCCCUUGAUAAGGACCACAGAGUUCUGGAUAACUUACACGUCACCUGUAUGAUACAGGAGUUGUACAUUAUCAUAAUUUCUGCCUCUUUCAAAAGCUUUGCAAAGCUGGGUCAACUUGAAACAGAUGGUGAUGAUGCACAGGAUCAUUCUGAUAGAGGGGUAAGGGAAGACUGUUUGGUUCAGGAAAUGGCUGAAGACCCACAGAGAAACUUCCGUUCCCACUAUUAUGAAAAAGUUGGGUUUCGUGGUGUUGAAGAAAAGAAAUCCCUUGAGAUUCUGCUGAAGGAUGAUCCAUUAGAUGUUGAGAAGCUCUGUACUUUUGCUCAACGUUAUCCUCUUCCCUCCAUGUAUCGUGUCCUUGUAUGGAAAGUACUGCUUGGUAUUCUUCCUCCUCAUUAUGAAUCUCACUCUGCUGUGUUGACAUUUCGAAAAGAACAGUAUCAGGAUUUGUUGCAAGCAUUGCAAGUUAUUCGGUUUGUUCAAGAUUCCACCCCACAAGUUUGGGUUCACCUCCGAAUGUACCAACUGGAGUCUGGUACACUGCCACGUCGUCCAUCUCAGUCUCUGGAACCUGAAGAUGCAGUUUUUAUUGCAAUAGCAGAAGCAAUGGAUGAAAUGGUGGAAAAUGAUGUUGAUGCCUACUGGCUAGUCAAAUACUUUGUGAACCAGUUCAAUAGUAAAUACAGCGAUUCAUUAGCUCACUUGCCGAAGAGUCUUGAACAUUACCUGAAUCUGGAAGACAGCAAACUUCUCACCCACCUUAAGACAUGCUUGGCCAUGAAUAAACUCCCAUAUGACUUAUGGUUCAUGCAUUGUUUUGCAGGCUGUUUGCCUGAAUCCAGCCUUCAAAGAGUUUGGGACAAAAUCAUAAGUGGAUCUUGCAAAAUUUUGGUUUUUGUAGCCAUGGAGAUUUUAUUAACUUUUAAAGUUAAGUUAAUGGCCAUGAAUAAAGCAGAGAAUAUUGCACAGUUCUUGCAGAAUAUUCCACAGGAGAAUACAGAUGCCAUCAUCAGCAAGGCCAUUGACCUAUGGCACAAGUAUGUUGGAAACCCACUGCACACUGUGUAGUUAAAAACCAAAUGAAGUUAAUGUAAAAAUAAAUCUUCUAUU